AUGGCGGCAGAGCCGAUUGCAAUCCUGGGAACAGGAUGCCGAUUUCCAGGCGACGCCUCUUCUCCGUCUCGGCUGUGGGAAUUGCUCAAAAACCCUCGAGUAGUGGCGUCAGAACCACCAUCGAACCGGUUCGAUAUUGAUUCCUUCUAUCACAAAGAUCCAAGCUACCCAGGAACAACAAAUACCAGGGAAGGUUACUUCCUCUCAGAUGAUCCUCGAUCAUUCGAUGCCCCUUUCUUCAACAUUUCGGCCGCGGAGGCUGGGACUAUGGACCCCCAACAAAGACAGCUCCUGGAGACAGUUUUUGAGUCUAUUGAAGCAGCCGGGCAGCGUCUCGACCAGCUGCAGGGCUCGGCUACUGGUGUCUUCUGUGGUGUUAUGGGAAGUGACUGGGGAGAAUUCUUCCCAGUGGACUUCAAGUCUGUUGCCUCUUAUGCGGCCACUGGGGGUGCCCGAAGUUGUAUUGCUAACCGGGUCUCUUACUUUUUUGACUGGCAUGGGCCAUCGGUAGUGAUUGAUACAGCCUGCUCGUCCAGCAUGGUGGCGCUUCACCAGGCUGUGACAGCUCUACAACGGCAGGAGUGCUCCGUCGCUGUGGCUGCGGGGACCAAUCUGCUUCUCAACCCCAGCUAUUUCAUCACCACAGCAAAGAUGACAAUGUUGUCCCCGGAUGGCCGUGGCCGCAUGUGGGAUUCCAAUGCCAAUGGAUAUGCCCGCGGUGAGGGCAUCGCGUCGGUUGUCCUUAAACGACUAUCUGAUGCGGUGGCUGAUGGUGACCCGAUUGAGUGUGUUAUCAAAGCCACGGGAGUAAAUCAAGACGGUCGCACGAUGGGCCUGACCAUGCCCUCCGGUACGUCUCAGCUAGAACUAAUUCAGAACACUUAUGCUCGCGCUGGGCUUGAUCCUCGAAACCCUCGGGAUCGGUGUCAAUACUUCGAGGCUCAUGGAACUGGAACAAAAGCCGGCGAUCCGCAAGAGGCUUCGGCCGUUCAUCAAGCUUUUUUCGGUCCUCCUGAGAGCGGUGAUAAGCUCACAGAAGAUGAGACAGAUUUAUUAUAUGUCGGAUCCAUUAAAACAGUUGUCGGACAUACUGAAGGGCUAGCAGGCCUGGCCGGCAUCAUCAAAGCUUCUCUAAGUAUUCAAAACGGCUCUAUCAGCCCCAACCUCCUUUACGAAGUGUUAAACCCGGAGAUUGAACCCCUCUCCAAACACGUGAAGGUGCCUACACAGCUCAUGCCAUGGCCAUCUCUUCCGCCAGGUGUUCCACGCCGGGCAUCGGUCAAUUCAUUUGGAUUUGGCGGUACCAAUGCACACGCUAUUCUCGAAAGCUACGAUCCUGAACUGGUUGUAAACGGAGUGAACGGAAUAAGUGAAAUAAACGGAAUCAACGGGGUAAAAUCUCACACCUCUAUUUCUCUACUCCCGUUUGUAUUCUCAGCGGCUGCAGGACGGUCGCUGGUUGACGUUCUAGAAUCUUAUGAACGGUAUCUCCAAAAUAAUCCGGAUGUUGACCUCAUGAACCUAGCGUGGACUUUACUGCAACGAAGAUCUGCGUUAAGGUACCGGUUGCCUUUAUGGGCACCAAACACGAACGAGCUGCUCACCAAGAUCCGGACUGAGCUUGACACUGCUAGUAAAGAUCAUUCUGUUCGAUUCAUCCAUCAAAGAAGUGUAAACACCCCGAAAAAGAUUAUAGGUGUCUUCACCGGUCAGGGCGCACAGUGGCCACAAAUGGGGAUAGAUGUGAUCAGUAACUCCCCGGAAGCCUUGGAUUGGCUUCAGGAGAUGCAGGAUUCGCUAGACCAACUUCCUGCCAAAUUUAGCCCGACGUUCACUCUCCUAGAGGAACUCUCCAAUUCAGCGGCCGAUAUGUCAAACGCCCGCUUAUCCCAGCCGCUCUGCACAGCUCUACAAAUUAUUCUCGUUCGUAUUCUGUCAAAUCUUGGAAUCACAUUCACAGCUGUCGUCGGCCAUUCCUCGGGUGAAAUUGCUGCUGCUUAUGUCGCGGGUUAUUUGACGGCUACCGACGCUAUCAGAAUCGCUUACCUCCGGGGUCUCGUAACAUCACAGGUUGGUGCAAAGAGCGGUAACUCAGGAGCAAUGAUGGCUGUUGGUAUGUCUGCCGAAGAGGCGAUCGCGCUCUGUAAGCAAGAAGAAUAUCAGGGCCGCGUCGCUAUGGCUGCAAGCAACGCUGCUUCUAGUGUAACGCUUUCGGGCGAUGCUGAUGCAAUCCGUGAGCUUGAGCAAAAGCUGCAAGAGGAAAAUAAAUUUGCCAGGCGGCUCCGUGUUGACACUGCUUACCACUCUCAUCAUAUGUAUCCCUGCUCUCCCGCCUACAAACAAGCCUUGGAAGACUGCAAUAUCCGUAUCCAACCUCCAACAGGCACUGCGUGGUAUUCCAGCGUCUAUGAUGGGGUCCAAAUUAACUUAGACGAGCACGAAAAUUCCCUCACUAAUGAAUAUUGGAUAGAAAACAUGGUGAGACCGGUCUUAUUCUCCCAAGCUGUUCAGACCGCAGUUCGUAUAGUUGGAGAACCGGACUUGGUUAUUGAAGUUGGGCCACAUCCAGCUCUCAAGGGGCCCGCGAAACAGGUUCUUGCCGAUACCUUGACUGAUGGAAACGAUAUUCCGUAUAUCGGGGUAUCAGCGCGUGGAACUGGUGGCAUAGAAGCUCUAGCAUCUGCCAUUGGUGAUAUAUGGGGAUAUUUGGGCCCUAGCUCGGUGGACAUCUCUCGCUAUACCCGCCUCUUCGGCUCAUCGCAACACUUCAAGUUGAUCAAAGAAUUACCUGAAUACCCUUUCAACCAUAGCAAAUUAUACUCCACCGAAAGCCGUCUGAUUAAGCAGCAUCUACACAGCCGUGGUGGCUGUAAUCCUCUCAUUGGAAACCUAGAGCCGACCACUGGGGACGGCGAAUGGAGGUGGCACCACUAUCUCCGACAAAAAGACCUUCCAUGGCUCGAUGGGCACCGUGUCGAGUCGCAAAUGAUAUUUCCAGCAACUGGAUAUAUCUCAAUGGCCGUUGAAGCUGCUGGUAUUAUUGCCGCCAGUCGACCAAUGCACCUAAUCCAAAUCCGUGAUUUCGUCAUCCACCAGGCUAUUGUCCUCCCAGAUGAUGUAACAACUAGUACUGAGGUUCUUGUCCAGUUCAACGAAGAUAGGUUGACCAGCAAGGAAAAAGCCGACACCAUGAGUGGCACAUUCCAGAUCCACGCAUGCACUGGAGAACAAUUCCAGCUGCGCGCCAACGGCUCGCUGACUGUCACUUGGGGCCAACCUGAGACUGACUCUCUGGCAUCGCGAAGUGCUACUACACCUGGACUGACGGCCCUGGAUGUCAAUGAUGUUUACUCAUUCUUCGACAAGUUGGGUUAUUCCUAUACCGGUCCCUUCCGGGGAAUCCAAUCAAUCUCUCGUAAAAAGGACAACGCCUGUGCCGAACUUUCAAAUGAUCUGUCAUCAUCAAACAUCUUGCUACAUCCCACAGUGAUGGACACUACUUUGCAAACCAUGAUUGCGGCACUUGGAACCAGUGAUGAUGGUGAAGUAUCAACAUUGCUAAUUCCAACCCGAAUCCAGUCCCUCACCAUCAAUCCUAUUUUCUGUGGUCAGUCAGGCGUACAGUUGGCCGGUCCAACGCUGUCUUCAGCAGCGGUCGCCGUCAAAUUCGACGCAGAUGAUAUCAUUGGAGACUUAGACCUCUUCACCAAGCAAGGGUACGGCAUGGUUCAGCUCUCCGGUAUUGAAGUGUCUUCUCUUCAUCCGCUGCCAAAGGACCGACGUCUCUUCGCUGAAAUGAGUUGGGGGCCUUAUGAGCCUGAUGCGAAGUGGGAGUCAUCCACAAGCAGGUCGACCGACAUCACACCGCUGAUCGAGAUCGCUGAGAAGGCCACUCUGUUAUGCAUGAAAUUUGCAUUCGAACAGCUCACUGCAGAAGAUCGUCAAGGGCUUGACUGGCAUCGCGCCACGGUCGUAGCUUGGUUCGAACGUGUGAUAUCGAUGACCCGAGAGGGAACACAUCCUAUCUGCAACCGGGACUGGCUGGAUGAUACAAGAGAAGACCUUGACGCUCUCUUUAAAAAAGGCACAGGUCUCGUGGAAUUGGAAAUAACGAAGAAGGUCUUUGAUAACGUAGUAGCAUUCAUUCGGGGCGAGGCAUCCCUGCUAGAGGCACUCCGUGAGGACAGCCUCCUUACUCGGUUCUACUGCAACGAUACACAGACUAAGAGAAUGAAUGAAAGUCUGGGUUGCCUCGUGGGCCAGGUUGCGUUUCGAUAUCCUCGCAUGAAAAUUUUGGAAAUUGGCGGAGGCACUGGCUCUGCCACGCGCGCCGUCCUGAGCGAGAUCGGAUUCGCAUACCAUUCUUAUACUUUCACGGACAUUUCAGUUGCGUUUUUCGAGGAUGCGAAAGCAGCCCUAGCGGCUCAUGAAGACCGAUUUAUCUAUGAAGCCCUAGAUAUCUCACGUGACCCCCUCGAACAGGGCUUCGAGGAACAUUCUUAUGACUUGGUUGUAGCAUCCAACGUUCUCCAUGCCACGAAAUUCAUGCAGCAAACAAUGACCCACGUCCGCCGCCUAUUGAAACCUGGCGGAUAUCUCGCAAUGCUAGAGGUAACUAACCAGGACCUCCUCAGUACGAGCUUCAUCGUCUCUGGUUUCGAGGGGUGGUGGUCAGGUCACGAAGACGGCCGUGUCUGGGGUCCGAUGCUUACUCUGUCUGGCUGGGACAAUGUCCUUAAAUCAACGGGAUUCAGCGGAGUGGAUACCUACACAUCUACUGUUGACAAUCCAAAACUUAGCAACUAUUCAGUGAUCAUCUCUCAAGCUGUCGAUGAGCACAUCCAGCUUCUGCGCAACCCGAUGACUCCGAACGACAAGCUAGUGUCCGAAUUGGUAAUACUGGGCGGCGCCACGAAUUGGACAGGUUGUUUGGUAUCCAAACUGUCAAAGGCUCUCGAGUCAUCCUUCAUUCGCAUUCACCAUGCGCAGAGAUUAGAGGCAUUGGAUCUCGAACAGAUAUCUCAACAAAGUAACCCCGUCACCGUCUUGAGUCUGAUUGACAUCGGCUGGCCGUGGUUCCAAGACUUGAGUAAAGACCGACUGGUACCCAUGCAAGGUCUGGUUACACUGGCCUCGAAGAUGCUUUGGGUAACAGCUGGUUCGGAAAAGGACUGUCCUUACAUGGGAAUGAGUAAGGGCUGGCUGAAAUCUCUGGCCUAUGAGAACAAGCAUUGUCUCUAUCAAUAUCUGAACAUCGAAGACCAAAAGAGUGUUGAUGUGACACUCAUAUGCAGCACGCUGAUGCGCUUAGUCCACACCGACAAGCCUAAUGACUAUAAACUCUCUACCGAGGUCCAUAGCACGGAAUCAGAGCUGUUGUUCAAGGACGGUUCAAUGCAGAUCCCUCGCAUCCGGUCUGAUCAAGCCACGAAUGAUCGGUAUCUAGCUGCUCGACAACAUAUUAGCAGGCAGGUCGAACUGUCUAACUCAACAGUCUGUGUGAUCCCUGCAUCUGAAGGCAAGCAUAGCCUGCGUCUCAUCGAGACCCAGAACAAGGGCACUGUGGAUGCAAAUCACAUCCAAAUACGCACUAGAUAUUCAACAGCACAGGCGAUACCCGUUGGAGAAGGCAUCUUUUUACACCUGGUACUAGGCGAGGACGAGGCUACCGGAACACGUCUACUUUCUUUCACAGACCACCAUGCGUCCUCCAUCCAGGUCCCGGCUGCAUGGACAAGAACCGUGUCGCCAAAGAUCUUGGAGACUGAAGAGGCCUCAUUCCUCAAGGCCACUGCUGACUUUGUAGUUGGUGGAUUCUUGAUUCGGGAGAUUUCGCCCAACUCGACUCUCCUUGUGCAUGAAGCUGCAGAAACACUCCGCCAGGCCAUUCACGAACAAGCCCUGGAGAAAGGGAUUAAACCACUAUUCACUACCACAACACAAUUGCCUUCAACAAGAGACGCUAUUUUCCUACCUCCAAAGGCCUCGCCUCGUGUACUAGCAGAAUAUGUACCCCAGGACGUCUCCCUAGCCACCUGCUUAGGUAGCGACCCAGAGCACGCAUUGAUCUUUUCCCACAUAGAUCGGCUCCUCCCUGAGGAGACCCUCCGGAAAAGCGUAAGGGAUAUCUACAAAACAUCAGCUAUCCUCUCCAAGCAAAUUAGGGUUGGUAUGGAUACACUCAUCGCACAUCGGCUCGAGAGUGCUGGUGCACUGGCGAUCAAGUCCGCGUCAGGCGAGCUGGUCAAUAUCGUCGAGGUCAACAGCCUUUCGACUAAACCAGCAGUACCAGGCUGUAUUGUUGACUGGGUUAAAUCCACCUCCGUCUCUGCGCAGAUUCAACCCAUCAACUCUCUCGUUACACUCUCGGGGGCGAAAACUUAUUUGUUGGCUGGCCUGGCGGGAGAUCUUGGUCAGUCAAUCUCCAGUUGGAUGAUCAGCAAAGGUGCACGGUAUAUUGUCCUGGCUAGCCGAACUCCCAAGGUUGACCCUCUAUGGAUCGAAGCAAUGGCAAAACUAGGAGCGACGGUUGUCCCAAUGGCCAUGGACCUUACCAACCGCGAGUCCGUCCUGAAUGUCUACCGCAGUAUCCAAUGUCAGUAUCCUCCUCUCGGAGGUGUAGCAAACGGCGCGCUGGUUCUCGAAGAUUGUGAAUUCGUCAAGGCCUCGCUCGACGCUAUCGAAAGAAAUGUAGCCCCCAAGGUUCAGGGUAGCAUUUUGCUGGACGAGCUGUCAGGACCUAACGUCGAUCUGGACUUUUUUAUUCUCUUUGGAUCGAUGAUGGGAGUUACUGGAAACUGGAGUCAGUCGGCCUACUCGGCUGCCACAUGCUUCCAGGCCAGUCUCAUCCACCGACGCCGCGCACGCGGUCUCGUGGGCAGCAUCAUCCACCUUGGUCUUGUAAACGGCAUUGGAAUUAUCGCGAGAAAGGGCGCCGGUCAUAUAAAUUAUGUGAAAAACACCACCGGAUCCUAUCUUCUUUCAGAAAGAGACGUGGACAAAUUCUUCGCCGAAGCAAUCUUCGCUGGGCAUCCUCAAUCAGGCCGCAACGCGGAGCUCAUGAACGGCACUGCCAUGGUCGAUCCUGAUGAAUAUCCGGAGAUCGGCUGGUUCGAAAAACCCUUGAUCUGGAAUAUGAUCAGCUACCAUGCCAAGUCCAAUGCGGAGCGAUCUGGUACCGCAGAAGGCCCAAGUUCAGUCAAGGCACAGUUCGAGCUCGCCACCAGUAUGGCGGAAGUACUGGAGAUUGUCGAGGCCAGUCUGACGGCCAAAGUUCGCAGUAAAUUCAGUCUUGACGCAGAUGUACCAUUGCCAGCAUCUACUCGGCUCCAGGCUCUGGGGAUGGAUUCUCUCGUGGCUGUCGACUUGCGGGCGUGGAUCGCGAAAGAGAUGGGAGUGGAUGUUCCGCUGCUUGAAAUCCUCAGCGGAGGAACUAUCAAGCAACUCACGACGGAAGUUUCAUCGACGCUCCCACCCACUUUGAUUCCAAACGUGUCCGAUGCGGCGAGUAUAGAGAAUGAGUAA